ACCUACUGGACAGGUGUGGUUAUUGCAAUGACAAUACCUAGCUAUGGAGUAAUGUUUAGAUUAGGGAAAAUAGUGAUAGUGCACUCCCUCCCUCAUCUAAAAGCCAAGUCGUCCGAUACAUUUACAUUUCUAUUUACAACUACGUCGUGUUUUCCAUAAGGAUAUACAGAAAGGCAUGAAAGUUUAGCCUAUUCCCAGGGGCACUUUUAUCACACAGGACCUCUGCUAAUAGCAGAGUCCUUCCUAGCUGCUUGAGUGAAGAUGGCGCAGGCACUAUCAGAGGAGGAGUUCCAUCGGAUGCAGGCUCAGCUUUUAGAGCUGAGGACACAGAACUACCAACUUUCAGAUGACCUGCGGAAGAACACAACUGAGCUGAAUGCUGUUCGUCUGAAGACUGUGACCUUGGAGAAAGAUUACAUCAAAGCACAUAAGGCUCUGAAUAAAAGCAAGAAAGCUCAGGAGGUGGAUGCAUUACUCAGCGAGAACGAGAUGCUGCAAGGCAAGCUGCACAGCCAAGAGGACGACUUCAGACUGCAAAACAGCACCCUGAUGCAGGAGCUGUCCAAGUUAUGUACUCAGAUAGAGGAGCUACAACAUGAAAUCAAAGAGCUAAAGGAUGGCAAGGGGCUGCAGGCUGAAUCCUCCGGUACCAUCUCCAUCUCUGUGGAUGGAGAGUUACUGCGCCUCCAGGCAGAGAACGCUGCCCUUCAGAAAAAGAUGACGGCCCUUCAGGAGCGCCAUGAGAGUGAGAUAAAGAGCCAGAGGGGAGCGGAGGUCAGUGAAACCAAAGCCUCAGAGACAGAUGGCCUGGCUGACACCAACGGUGUCCGGUUGCACUCUGACGUCAGUGAGACCAGGGAGGACUCUGCAGCCGGAACCAAUGACAGACUGGAACAGGCGGAGGCAAAGUGUGCCAAACUGGAACAGCGAGUGACUGAGCUAAGUGGAUCUGCAGUGAGGACCCCCGGGCUAGUUAUGAAACAGGAUGCUCUUAGGUGGUCAGCACUGUGUCCAAAUCCAAUAAUGCAAUGCUUUGGGCCAGAGGUGGAGCUGCACCUGCACACUGAGGUGGAGGAGAAGCGCCUACUGAAGGAGCAGCUCCAAGCACUAGAGUCAUCCAAACAGGCAGACAUCACUCAACUUCAAGAAGAAAUAGCAAAGCUCUCUGAUAAAUUGAAGAAAAAACAAGACCGCUUUCUGCGUUCGCAAGCUGAAAAAGAAGCCCUUUAUAAUGACAGCAGGACUAAAAUUGAUGAGAUUCAACAGAGGAAGGAGGAGGAGCUAAAGUCAUUGAACAUCCGCAUCCAGAAGUUACAGGGAGAUCUGCUGUCAGCCAACCAGAGUGUUGGCGAGAUGAAGGAGCAGCUACAGAGCCGACAGAAGGAGCAUGAGUUAGUUCUACACACACUCAGAGAUCAGAUAGCGUGUCAGAGUGCUGUGAGUCAGGAGCAGGUGGAGAAUAUCCUGACUGAGAACGAUGCUCUCAGGACUAACCUAGUCGCUCUGGAACAGAUUCAGACAGUGAAGACUCAGGAGAUGAACCUUUUGCGUGACCAAAACACGGCUCUGAACGUUGAGCUGCAGCAGAGACGGACAGAGCAGGAGAGCUUCCUGGCACAGAGAGAUGACCUUAACUCUCAGCUACAGGAGGGGAACCGUGCCAACAGCAGACUGUUGGAACAGCUGACUGUAUUGGACCAAUGGAAAGACCGAUUACAGCAAGAGCUGGAGGAGGCUAAAAAGACAGCUGACAAGCGGAAGGCCAUGCUGGAUGAACUGGCCAUGGAGAUAAUCACAGAGAAGUCCCGGCACAAGGAGGAGCUGAGCGACGUGCGUCUGCAGCAUGAGAAGGAGGUGCUGGGGGUGCGGGCACGCUACGAGAAGGAGCUGAGGGGACUCCAUGAGGACAAGAACCGCACAGAGGAGGGGAUCCGCUCACAGCUCCGAGACGAGAAGGCUCGCAAUAAGGAGCUGGAGGGUCUGCAGCAGUGUGUGGAGGAGCUGCAGGCCCAGGUCCAGUCCAUGGAGGACACUAAGGGCUGGUUUGAACGCAGACUCAAAGAUGCUGAGGAGAGCAUGGAGAAGAGCUGUCUGGAGCACCAGGAGAGCACGGAGAAGCUGCAGGAAGAACACUCUCUCCAACUGGAGGGAAAGGCAUCUGAUAUAGAUGGUGUGAACCUACAGUUGACAGAGGUGGAGAAGGAAAGGGAUGUGCAUUUUGAAACCAUUGGAAAACUGAAGCAGGAGAUUAAAGACACGGUGGAUGGCCAGAGGAUCCUGGAGAAGAAAGGUAGUUCAGCACUGAAAGACUUGAAGAGGCAGCUACAGCUAGAGAGGAAGAGAGCUGAUAAACUCCAGGAGCGGCUACAGGAGAUCCUCACCAACACUAAGACCAGGACAGGCCUGGAAGAGCUGGUGUUGUCAGAGAUCAGCUGUCCUAGUCCUAAGCAGCAGAGGGGAGAUAACAGCAGUGUCUCGUCCUUCAGCUACGGGGAGAUCAUGAAGGAGGGAGCCACAUCACAGAGCAUCAACAAGUCCACCAGUGGCAGCCCCCAGUCCCAGCGGCCUGCUGACCUGUCUGAUGAUGAGGUUGGGGAGCUGUUCCAGAGGCUGGCUGGGGUGCAGCAGGAGAAGUGGAUGUUGGAGGAGAAGGUGAAACACCUAGAGGUCAGCUGCUCCUCCAUGGCUGAUGACAUCUGUAAGAAAAGUUCUAUCAUCGAGACCUAUGUCAUGGACAGCAGGAUAGCACAUGGUGCACAUGGUGCAACGGCGGUUGCCCAUCACGUGGGCCAGGUGGGGGGACAUGGACAUGGCUUGGGCUCUGUGCUCAGGGACCUGGUGAAGCCUGGGGACGAGAACAUGCGGGAAAUGAACAAGAAGCUGCAGAACAUGCUGGAAGAACAGCUGACCAAGAACAUGCAUUUACAGAAGGACCUUGAAGUUCUGUCUCAGGAGAUUGUCCGUUUAAGUAAAGACUCAAGUCCUGGAGCUGGCUCAGCUACGGGCUAAAAGACUGGAACAAGUCCAUCCUCUCUGCCCUCUCUCUUCACCUGUUUCUGUGGCCAACAAGAGGACAUUACCUAACUGACUGACUGAACCUCUGGCUGGGAACACAGAUGAAAGGAGAGGGAUAGAGGAGGGUAGGAAAGGGUUCGUUCUCUUGAAACUGCUUUACUACUGAAUGUACUUACUGUAACAUGUCUUGGUUCUUUCUGUGGUAUUGUGAUCUGACUUCUGUCUGUCUGCACUCUCUGCCUCCCCACUCUGGUGUGAUCUGACUUCUGUCUGUCUCUGCACUCUCUGCCUCCCCACUCUGGUGUGAUCUGACUUCUGUCUGUCUCUGCACUCUCUGCCUCCCCACUCUGGUGUGAUCUGACUUCUGUCUGUCUCUGCACUCUCUGCCUCCCCACUCUGGUGUGAUCUGACUUCUGUCUGUCUCUGCACUCUCUGCCUCCCCACUCUGGUGUGAUCUGACUUCUGUCUGUCUCUGCACUCUCUGCCUCCCCACUCUGGUGUGAUCUGACUUCUGUCUGUCUCUGCACUCUCUGCCUCCCCACUCUGGUGUGAUCUGACUUCUGUCUGUCUCUGCACUCUCUGCCUCCCCACUCUGGUGUGAUCUGACUUCUGUCUGUCUCUGCACUCUCUGCCUCCCCACUCUGGUGUGAUCUGACUUCUGUCUGUCUGCACUCUCUGCCUCCCCACUCUGGUGUGAUCUGACUUCUGUCUGUCUCUGCACUCUCUGCCUCCCCACUCUGGUGUGAUCUGACUUCUGUCUGUCUCUGCACUCUCUGCCUCCCCACUCUGGUGUGAUCUGACUUCUGUCUGUCUCUGCACUCUCUGCCUCCCCACUCUGGUGUGAUCUGACUUCUGUCUGUCUGCACUCUCUGCCUCCCCACUCUGGUGUGAUCUGACUUCUGUCUGUCUCUGCACUCUCUGCCUCCCCACUCUGGUGUGAUCUGACUUCUGUCUGUCUCUGCACUCUCUGCCUCCCCACUCUGGUGUGAUCUGACUUCUGUCUGUCUCUGCACUCUCUGCCUCCCCACUCUGGUGUGAUCUGAAGAAUAGCAGAAGGCAACAAUGUCUGGAUGCCAGGACACAGUGCUUUACUGGUUCACGACUUCAAGAGAUUGUUUAAUGUUGCGAAUAACAAGAGACAUUCUGCCUACUCAUACAGAGGCUUAAGCUGUUGUGUUUUGCCUGUACUCGUAUUAAUUUCUUUAUACUUUCAACUCUGCAACUCUUGUUUUUGUUUGUAUAAAUCCUGUAUAUAUGAAUAUGAAAAAUCAACUGUAGUAAUUUAACUGUCCUCAGAGUAAUAAGUAUUGUAAUGAAACAGCCGAGUCGUUACAGUAUUGUAUAUGAGCCAAAAUGAUUGUAAAGGUUUUAUGUCCGUCAUACAUUCUAGAUGCUGAAAUGUCCAGUUUGAGUUUGUCUGGGGAAAGUUUUUUUUUUACAAAAA